AUGCCAUAUUAUACCGACUCUGAGGACGACUAUGUCUUGAUGCCAGUGCGCAGCCAUGCGGGGAGCGAGUACAGAGGACGGCGACGGACUACACGAGUGGUGGAGCGGGUCGUAGAGCCAGAGGAGGUGGUGAUCAAUAAUCAUUUGGUGGUGCCCGGUGGAUCUCGUCCUCGUGCCGCCAGUACUGGAGGAGGGCAGGCUCCUAUGACCAUCAACAUCGCUGCUUCCGAUCGCGGGCACAGCCGAAGCCGCAGCCGCCACCGCCACGACAGCUGUUCUUCGGGCUCGGAUCACUAUAGCGCACGGUCCAGGUCGCGACAUCGACGACGACCAGAAAGCAAAGUGUACGAGGACGAUUUAGCCUAUAGCUUGCGUAAGGAGCUGGAUUUGGCACGCGAACGACGUGACGAGGACAGGCAAAAGAGAGAUCGAGAGGAAGAGCGAAGGAGAUGGCAACGUGAAGAGGAGGACAAGAUUCGGCAGAAAGAGAGGGAGAAGGAAGCUCGCGAGGAAGAACGAAAGAGAUGGCAACGUGAAGAAGAGGACAAGAAGAGGCAGAGAGAGAAGGAGAGGGAAGCUAUCUUGUUGGAGGCUAAAUUGGAGGAGGAGAGGAAGAAGAAGGCCGCCGAGGAGCUAAGGCAGAAGAUUCUCAAGGACGAAGAGGAGAAGCAAAGAAAGGAAAAGGAGAAGAAGAAGGCCGAGGAGGAAGAAUUCGAGAGGAAGGUGAAGGAAAAGUUUAUGAAUGCUGGAUACAGUCCCGAGUACAUCGAGGAGAUUUUGCACAAGAAGAAGCAGGAAAAGGCCAACAAGGCGCUCGCUAUUGAUCUCCAGCGUCCGACGUACAUCAAGGUCAAUCGAAAGUACCUGCAUCCGGAUACGUUGGACUAUUACGGUUUGCCUUGGGAAUGGGAUUCGCGUGACACGGAAUACAUCAUCAUCAAGAAGUACAUCGACAAUACUUUCCAAGACGAACUGUUUGAGCACACCCGUCGAUUGAAGGAGCGAAAACUAAUCACGGGCCCUUACGUCAAGGAGACGAAGACUAUCACGACUCUGACCCCGAACGACCACUCCUAUGUCAAGAAGGGUGAUAAGAUGUACGUGGUGCGUGAGAAGAGCAAGAGUCCCAGUCGAAGUCGGCGAAGUAGUUGGAUGUUUACUUAG